AGCUUUCCAUGGCAUGCUCACAACCGACGGUGUCAAAUUGACUGGCAUCCGAUGUACAUAGAAGGUACUGGCCACACCGAGGGAGAAGGCUGUGAACACAUUUUUUCAUCAUCAAAUGAGCUUGCGCGCAGCACUCGCCACGCUACUCCAUUUCACCGGCAUCAAACGAUCGAGCAACACUUUGCCUUUUGGGACGAUGACAAGUACGCAGCGCUUAGUACAUUUUUACAGAAUCAUUACCGAGAGGCACUCACUGCCAUUCAAACUCUCACCAGCGAACUUUCCUCACUGGAAGGUGUCCUCAAUCUCACACACACCGACUUCGUUCGUUUUCACAAGGAAGAGCGCUCAUACCUCGAUGGCCUGAAGGAACCCCCUGUCAAGGAUCGUGUCAGUGUUCGAUAUGUUCAAGCUCUUGAUGAAGUUGUCGUCCGCCAAAAGGAAUGGAACACAGCACGAGAAGCCGCCAAUCGGGCGCUUGUGGAUAUUCAUGUCGGCGGCUAUCAGGAAAUGCACACCGCCAUCAAUCAAGCCCGGAUCCGAGUUGACGGAUCAUAUUCGAAGCUUCAAAAUGCGGAAGCGAUGGCUUCGCAUUUAGAGAUUCAACUUGGGAUUGACAAGCGAUGGGAGAUUGACAGCGAACUCUACCGUCAAUUUCACCAAGAAGCUUCACUUUUGACUUACCGCACAGCACUCGAUGACUUAGAACGACUUGUCGUGAUGCGUCUAUUUGAGUUGUCGAAACUCUCGCUUUCAGGCACGGGUAAGAUCAUGCUAUUUGCGCACUCACAUAAGUGUUUAUUUUGUUUAUUUUAG